GCAGGGAUACAGGCCCCAGGGAUGCCACCGAGGGGAACUUUCAGGUGGGGAAGCUCUUGCUUAAGCUUGGCUUCAACCGUCAUCGCUCGUCAAAGUCUAGUUGAGCCUCUCAAAAUCCGGCUCCUGUAAACAAGCACCUGGAGCAGGCAACCAUUUUGAUUCUAUAACUAACACAAAAUGUAACGACGACGAUACGCCUUCGCUAUUAGCCCAAAGUUUCUCCACUUGCGACAUCCUCGAGAACCAAAAGAAACAAAAACCAGCCCAAGAUGAUGCCCAGGCAAGCGUACGCACCGACGCCGCACAGCUAUGUGCCCAACACGGCAAUGUCGGCCACCAUCAACCUGGAUGAGGAGGUCAAGCUUGCCGACACGCGCGCCGAACGCGAUUUGCAGGACUCCCUAGCCGAGAUCUUCUCCAUCAUUGUCACCAUUGACGAGCUCGAGAAGGCCUUCCUCAAGGAUGCCAUCCCCGAGGCCGACUACACCGAGAUCUGCGAGCGGUCCCUGAAGCAAUACCGCUCCAUCCUUGCUGAUGAGACCGUCGCGGCCGCAUUUGGCGACUUGGAGGAAUUCAAGGCCGAAUGGGAUCUCGAGGUGCCUCGCGCCACUGAGCGCAUCAGAGUCGGCAUGCCCGCCACAGCUGUGCAGGCAUCCUCCGGCCCAGGGCCCAGCAACAGCCACCGCCAGAGCGGCCUGCAAGGCGCGUCAGGGAACGGCUCGGGCGGCGCACCGGGAGGUGCGCUCAUUCUCGAGGCCACGCAGGAUUUCAUCACAUUCCUCGACGCGCUGCGUCUGGGACUACUAGCCAAGGAUCAGCUACAUCCGCUGCUCACGGAUGUGAUCCAGUCGGUCAACAAGGUCACGGACCGCGACUUUGAAAACAGGGGCAAGAUUGUGCAGUGGCUCAUCACGUUGAACCAGAUGAAAGCCACGGAGGAGCUCACAGAUGCACAGGCCCGCGAGUUGGAGCUUGACAUCAACUCGGCUUACCAAGGGUUCAAGAACACCCUCUCCUAAAGAGGCUGCCGAUCCCAAGUAACAAGGCUCUCUGGGCCUUUUUACGUUUUCUCCAAAUGAUGAGAAUAAUGAACAUAUAUUGGCGUACAAUGGCGAUACUUGACAUUGCGAACCUGUACAUACAUGACUUUUAUUUUAAUUCUUCAAAUGUAUAUAUUUGAUCGUGUCUAGACCAAAAAGGUCCAAAAACUUGGAUACACAAAUUCCUCCUCGAAUAUCCUCCUGACCUGCUCGAGAAUAAACUUCUCCACCUUGC